AUGCUGAACCAUCUUUGUCUUCCAUGCUUCUUACUCCCACUCCUGCUGUGCGUGUGUGGUUGGAACAAGGCGGUCUGUUCCCCAGGGGAGGGCAGGAGGCUGUGGCAGAAGCCAGUCCCUGACUCCACCGUCCAUAGCCAGUCUUUCCUUCAUGACACCUUCCCUCCAGGAUUCUUGUGGGGCUCAGGGACAUCUGCCUUCCAGACAGAAGGGGCCUGGGACCGCGAUGGCAAAGGCCCUUCCAUAUGGGACCAUUACAUUCAUUCCAAUGGUAAUUUAGCAACAGCUGAUGUGGCUAGUGACAGUUACACUCGUUGGGAAGAAGAUGUGAAGGCACUGGAAUACCUGGGUGCAAGAUCAUAUUCCUUCUCUCUCUCCUGGCCCAGACUCUUCCCUGAUGGAAAUGCCAGGGGCCAACCCAAUAGAGCUGCUGUGGAGCACUACAGCCGUCUCAUAGACAGGCUUCUGGAAAAGAAGAUCGAGCCCAUUGUUACUCUCUUUCACUGGGAUCUGCCACAGGACCUGCAGGAGAGCUAUGGAGGCUGGAAAAAUGACACCCUGGUGGGACUGUUUGAGGACUAUGCUGCUUUCUGUUUCCAUACAUAUGGGAGCCGUGUGAGGUUCUGGCUCACAAUGCACAACCCCUACCUGGUGGCUGUACAGGGGUACAGGACCGGAGUGCAUGCCCCAGGAGAAACAGGAGGCCCGGCUAGCUCCCUCAUCGUGGCCCACAACCUUAUCAGGGCACAUGCCAAAGCUUGGCAUACUUACAACACCCACUUCCGCUCAACUCAGAAGGGUGAGGUAUCCAUUGCUCUGGGUUCCCACUGGGUUGAGCCUCAAAGAGGCCAAUCCACAGCAGCCAAUGUUGAACUUUGCCAGCAGUCAAUAGAAGCUGUGCUUGGCUGGUUUGCCAAUCCCAUCUUUGGUAAUGGGGACUACCCAGUCUCAAUGAAAUCCAACCAUGGUUCCCUCCUGCCCAAUUUCACCCCUGAAGAGAUGCUCUGGGUGCAGAGGACAGCUGACUUCUUCGCUCUGUCCUUUGGGCCUAACAACUUACGUCUGGGCCGGAACCUCGUCCAGUAUGGGCAGACCGUGACCCCGGACCUGAGGCGUGUCCUGGGCUGGGUAAAACAGGAGUAUGGGGAUCUGAAGGUGCUGGUGGCAGAGGGGGGCUGGUUCUCUGAAGCCACUGUGGGACAGGAGGACACAGUAGCUAUCUACCUGAUGAAGAGGUUUAUCAACCAGGUUCUACAAGCUAUCAAGUUUGACGGUGUACAGGUGUUUGGCUACUCUGCCUGGUCAUUAGUGGAUGGAUAUGAGUGGAAUUAUGGCUAUAGUGUUCGACGAGGCCUUUUCUACAUUGACUUCAAUCAAUCCAACCGAUCCAGGGUUGCGAAAACCAGUGCCCAGUACUACCGGAGUGUUAUCAGUGACAACGGUUUCCCUAAUGAUGAGACCUCCACAGAGGUCAAAGGCCGCUUUCCUUGUGAGUUUCACUGGGGCGUUGCUGACUCAACCCUGCAGGUCCACUUCUAUCCUUUCUCCCCGCAGUUCACUGACCCCCAUUUGUACAGCUGGAAUCUGACAGGGGAUGGAGCAUUGCGUCCAGUUGCAGGGGUCAAGCUGAGCACCAGAGGACCCCAGUGUACUGACUACCUGGCUAUUCAUGAUCAUCUCCGCCUAUUUGCUUCCACAGGGGCAUCUCACUACCGCUUUGCCCUUAACUGGUCUCUGAUUUUACCCGAGGGAGACAACUCCACUGUGAACACUGAGGCUCUAAGGUAUUACCGCUGUGUCCUGAGUGAGCUUCGUAAGCUGAACCUAGAGGCAGUCAUCACUCUCUACUACCCCACACGUACAGCGCCAAAUCUGGGUUUACCUGGGCCUCUGCAUGCCUCUGGAGGUUGGCUGAACCAGAGUACAGUGCAUGCCUUUCAAGAAUAUGCAGCACUCUGCUAUCAGGAGCUGGGCUCCUGGGUUCGGUAUUGGAUCACAGUCAAUGAGCCGAACAGACUGGUGGAUGUUUAUUCCACUGGGACGGAGCAGCAUCAGGCAGCUCAUAACCUUCUUCUAGCCCAUGCAAAAGCAUGGAGGCUGUAUGAGAGGGAGUUCUCCAAUCAACAGGGGGCACUGAUAUCGCUGGCACUACAUGCUGACUGGGCAGAACCUGCCAACCCAUUCCUGGAGUCACACACAGCUGCAGCCCAAAGACUCCUUUUAUUUGAGCUUGGUCGCUUCUUAGACCCACUGCUGAGGACUAAAUAUGAAGAAGAGGAGGGUAAAGGAGACUAUCCUAAAGAGAUGAAGGCAUACCUGGAGGAGAAAGCUAAAGUGAUGGGCCUCCCUGGAACCCCGCUACCUAGCUUCACUCAAAUAGAGAGGGAAGAGCUUAAAGGGGCAUUGGGUUUCAUAGCACUGAACCAUUUCACCACACGUUUAGUCUCUCCAUAUCACCACACAAAAGCAUCACAACCUGACAUCCAGCAGCAAGAACCUCCAGACCAUGGUUGUCUGAUCCUCUCUGAUCCAACCUGGCCCUCCUCAGGCCGUGGGCAGACCCUGGUGCCCUGGGGCCUCCGGAGAAUACUGCGCUGGGUGAACCAGAGAUAUGGAGGGGCUCUGCCAAUCAUUGUCACAGCCAGUGGGGUGGAUGACCAGGCCCCUGUGGAGGAUAGACUCAGGCAGCAUUACCUCAAAGGUUACCUGCAAGAAGCCCUCAAAGCUCACCAUUUAGACAGAAUCAACCUACAAGGCUUCUAUGUGUGGAAGCUGCAGGACAGACACAUCCCUCAGUUUGGCCUUUUCAGUUCAACCAACCACCGAUCCAAACCCAAAGCCUCCGUGGCAGCCUACCGCGAGAUCAUCAGUCACGGUGGUUUCCCUGUGGAAAACACCACACAAACCUGCAGGUCCAGCAAGCAGCAGGAGUCUUGCGCUGUAUGUGCAUGGAUCAACAAGAACAAACCGCUGCUGGUGUUUGGAGGCUGCCUCUUGAUAACAGCUGUUCUGUUGGCAGCAGUUGUCAUAGUCAUCCUCACCAGGAGAACCCGGGCGAGGGGCAGAGUGGUGAGGAGGAGAAGCAGGAGGAGAAGGAGAGCGAAGGCACCAGCGUGCUCUUUCCUACCUGUAGUUAAGUGCCAGCUGUAG